AUGCUUCAGUGCGCUAAGUCAUCAGUGGGCGACAACGUUCUGCCUGAUAUGCCAGUGAAGGCGAUGCGACUGCUGAGGCUCGUUUUGGCGAAUUUAAUGGCAAGCGACCAUCGCCUGCAGGAUUACUUAGCUGCUGACUCCCUAGUACAAUUAGUUGAAGACAGCCUGAAGAUUACCUUGGAAACUGGUCAUUCCCUUAUAGUCCAGAAAUGCAUGUAUCUCCAUGAAGCACUUAAACUCGCUCGCUUGCUGUGUCACGACGAAUCGUUGCGGAGUGACCUGCUGGAGGUAAUCAGCUGUGUUCUUUGCUCUCACAUCGCCGAGUUCCAAAUGUUGUCGAAUCCGAUCAGUGCUUCCGCCGUUAUGAAGAACGGCAUCAGGCGAGGUGAUAGCGAGACUCUGCCGAAAUGGAGUGUUCCUGGCUUGAAGAUCCUUGUUGAGCUACUGCUUUUUCUCAGGGAACAAGUUACUUUCUCAGAGCCUCAUGCGCAACUGUACCGAAAAAUACUUGAGGACAAGAGGUUUCGAGCAUUCUUCGCAUUCGGUCUGAUAAGUGAUGACUCGAUCCUCGUCGAAUACUGUUUGAACCUUACGCCUGAUUUAAUGACUGUUGGCGUUGAUCAAGCCAAACGCCUCAGCGAGAACAUCGUAGCCGUUGUAAAAAAUAGUUCUUCAGUAGACGAAACCACAUCAUCGGCUUCUAAGUCUAAAAGAUUGUCAGGGCAGUUCGUUCUGCCAAAUUACUUCCACACUGACAGCAGUGAAUCCGCUGCCAUUGACGAAUUGAUCAAAAGUUUUAAAGCAGGAAACUUGCAAAGCGGCAAUAUAAUGAUGUCACAAGUGAUCGAUGUAUAUGAAAGGAAACUCGCUGCAUUGCAGAUGAAGGAAAAGCAAGUUAAUGAAGUUCUGAGAGCCAAUAAAAAAGCUCUCCAGCAGAACGAUCGUCUACUAAUAAAUAAUCAAAACUCUCGACAGGAGGCAGAAAACGAGGCUGUAAAGUUGCGAUCACUGUUACACGAGUCAGAGCGGAAGAGCGAAAAGACUUUCGUAAAACUUACAACCGCAGAGCAAGAAAUUGCGACUUUAACGAAGCAGGUUUUACAACUGAACGAAGAUAUCAAAGAGUGUAAAGCCAUCAUAGAAUCCUAUAAGGAGAAGGAAGGGAACUACGAGAUGAAAAUCACAAAUUUGCAAAAGGCAUUGGAAACUAGCAAAAUAGACAUGGAGUCUGAAAAAGAGUAUCAUAAUGUCCUCAGGAAACAUUAUGACCAGCUGAAGAACAAAUUCGAAACAAAUUCAUGUAAACUAAUGAACGCUGAGGAAGAAUUGAAUCGACUAAGAAGGUCACUGAAAGAAAAAGACGUCGAGCUGCAGGGCCAUCUGAAUGCUGAGGAAGAAUUAGCGGUUGCCAACAAGCAAAAGGAAGAAGAUAUUUCUUGCCUGGAGAAAAACGUCGAGAAGCUACGUGAGAAUCUUCAAGUUCUUGAGCAGGACAAAAAGAUGUUACAACAGAAGAACGCCGAUUUGGAAACGGAUUCAAGCGAAAAGUCGACGUGUAUCAAAGAUCUCACAAACAAGUUAAAAAAUAUGGAGGAAAAUAUCGCUAAAUUUAAUCAGAUCACGCAAGUCAUCCAUCAGAUGACCGGUGAGGCGGUCCCUUUUAAGUAG